AUGGACUGGCGUAAGCUUUUUGGAGGUCCUGAAACCCAUGACCUAAAAUAUUUUCCCCCAAAUCUUCGCAAUGGAGUUCCGACCGUCCUUCCACCUCCUGAAAUCUUUGAAGCCGGCUCUUCUGAUUGGAGAUUGUCCCUUGUUGGCCAAUUCUCAUUUAAUUCUGAGACUGCUAGGGACUGGGUAAUUGAGAAUGGCCCAUGGCAUAUUCACAAUAAUCCUCUUAUACUUAGAAAAUGGGAACCCAAUAUGAGGAGAUUGAACUUUAGCUUAUCUAAGAUUCCAGUGUGGGUACACUUGUUCAAUGUACCCUUAGAGCUUUUCAACCGUUCUGGCCUUAGCUAUAAUGCAAGUGCCACUAGAAAACCUCUCACAAUGGACACUAUAACUGCUUCAAAAACUAGGCUAGAGUUUGCUAAAGUCUGCGUUGAAAUUGGAGCAGAGGAUGUCAUUCCUAAAUUUAUAUAUGUAAUUAUUAAUGAUGGACAAUCUACUUCCAUCUUCGUGGAGGUUCCCUGGAUUCCUCAAUCUUGCAAGAAAUGCAAGGUUUAUGGCCACAAUGAUAAAGGUUGCUCUCUGAAACCUUACCCUGCUUCUAACGUCCCUCAAAAUAAUAUUAAAGUCACUGCUCCAGACAUUGACAUUUCUGUUAACACAGUUGACCUUCCUACUAUUGCUGCUUCUGUUAGCAAUAUUCCCUCUACUGAAAUUAUUGAAUCUUCAAAUAGUACUAAUACCAUUCCUGUAGUUUCUAAAAAGGGUAGAGAAAGACCUCUAAAAGAAAAAUCUAAGGUUUCUCUUUCUACAUCUAAGAAUAGAUUCGACCUUCUAAACUCUGUAGAAUAUGACAUUUCUAACGUUGGAAUCAACUCCAGGAAACCUCGGGUUGCCUCACUAGGAGUUGUUGGUUUGGUUAAUGAGCUAAAAUCUAAAAAGAAUGAGAAAAUUGACAAGGUUAAAGGUAUUCCUGAUGAAAGUAAAGGGGGUACUGGGGGUUCUUCUUCUCAGUGA